GAGAAUUAAGCAACAAGAGCAUACACAUUUUAACAUGGGAUUAGCCCAUAUAACAACCCGCCCCCCUUAACAAAUGCAUACGCUAAAGGACUGGUUUUGUGACUGACCGAAAAAUACGCUCACUACAAAUUUAAUUAAGAUACUGAGUCUUAUCUGCUUGACCAUUCAGAUAGCUAAAUAUGGAACAAUAGGCGUUCCGUAUCGGUUCAAAACGGAUCGCAGCAUCUCACUCUACAACACGGAAGGAAUCCGCAUUUUAAGGAACGAGUGCCAUCCCUAGUUCACAAUAUAAUUUUGGUAUGGGAGGCUGCCAUGUCGGGAACUGAAAUAGGUCACAUGAUCCCUGGAUGUUCCCUGCACCAGAAGAAUAAAUAUUUACCCCCAGUCUCCCUGUUCUAUCAGGUUUGAUUAAACAAUCCCGCGCCUGAUGUAAACAACUUUUGGUUGGGUAUACGUGUGGUGGUAUGGGUUGCUGCCACCCUUCAGUUUACAAAGAAAAUUAUUCAUCACCACAUGAAAUAGACGUGCAUAACACAAAUGUAUUUUAAGUAUUAUUAUAUUAAAGUUUAACUAUUUAUUAUUUUGUAUCCAAGUACUUCCAUUUCAUAUUUACAAUAUAUCUAAAACAUUCGACACACAUGCAUGGGCACCACCAUCGCCGUUUCUUCACAAAGAGACACACCUGGCAACUCUGCCCAGCGUGGCCAGUUAUUAAAGCACCGAGUGAGUCGGAGGCUUCCCAACAACCGCCCCGAGUUUGCAUCGCUCGUCCACUCUUACAGGGCCGCCUUUGUGCAAAGGCCCUGUCCCCUUUUCAGUGGUAAAUCUUAAAAGCAAAAGCAAGAGUGCACGGGGCAGCUGGGGGCGGAUUCUGAAACGAAGUUACGGCGUCGUAUCUGCUUAAGGCGCCGCAAGUCCACCCUCUGAGGCGGGAGCAACGCUUUGUACAUACAAGUCCACACAUGGAGACUUCUAAGGUGAAACAGCUGCUGGAGGGACGAUCUGCCUUUGCCCGGCGGGAAGAUGGCCUCGAUAUUUACUACGUUCAGCCUCAAGAGACGCGGCAGAAUGCAGAGACAGGCGCCCGGGUGGUGCACAUUGGCCGCCCAAAUGGCCGUCCCACCAGGUGUGUGAUGCUGCUGGGAGAGACAGGUGCAGGAAAGACCACCUUCAUCAACGCUGUACUCAACCACCUCUUCGGAGUGGAGUUCGCCGAUUCUUUUCGUUUGAAGGUCAAAGAAGAGAUAGAAGAUGGUCGCCGGAAGACGGAGAGCCAGACAGACACCAUCAAUGUGUACACCAUUCACUACAAGGAAGGCAUGAGGCACGAGUACAACGUUGUGCUCAUCGACACCCCCGGCCUGGCAGACACGCGGGGGGCACAACGCCAGGAACACGUAAAGUCUCGCUUGGAAAGGUUCCUAAUGUCAGAAGAUAUUGGUGUUGAUGAACUUCACUGUGUUGGUCUUGUUGCCAAGGCAAAUGUAAACAGAGAGUUUACGGAUCAGAAAGCUGUGCUGGGGGAAAUCAUGUCAUUGCUAGGAGCCAGUGUGCCAGAGAUCACGUGUCUUCUUGCAACUUAUGGCGUGGAUGAGCCAUCAGUUGAUGCCGUAGUGAGGAAUGCAGGAAUUGCCUUCAAAAGAAUGUUUCGCUUUGAUAAUGGUAUCAUCUACACUCCCCAAAAGACGACUAACACCUCAGAGAACAACCAGGCUGCUAUUGCCUCCUUAAGGUGGAAAGAAAUGAGGAAGCAGUACGAUGCUUUCUUCAGCCAUCUGAGCCGUGCGCCGCCUGUUAGCAAUAGGGUUCGCAGGGAGAAAAAACUUUUUGACACAAGCAAAAAAAAUUUGAAAGAAGGAAUUAAAAAGCUAGCCACCUCAAUAGCAGCACUUCAUGUAGAUAAAAAACUCUACAAUAAAUUUGAAUUACAGGAAUCUGAAAAUAAGGAAUGGCGUAAGGAAGAGAUGGAAGAGAUUAUAUCUCAUGAAGAUCUAAAUGAUACUGGAAAUGGUAUUUAUCCACACAACUGCAGGAAGUGUUUGGUGACCUGUCACCUCUGCAGGGGCAGCGUGGAAGACAAGGUCCUUGGUGCUACAGUUUGUGGCGCAGGUGCUAUAGCUGCCGGAGCUGCUGGUGCAGUAGUCGUUGCUGAAGGGACUGCUGCAGCUGGAACAGCAGCAGUUGUAGCCACAGAAGUAGCAGCUGCAGCUGGUGCAGCAUUGGCAGCCACAGAAACAGUAGCUGCAGCUGGUGCAGCAUUGGCAGCCACAGAAACAGUAGCUGCAGCUGGUGCAGCAUUGGCAGCCACAGAAACAGUAGCUGCAGCUGGUGCAGCAUUGGCAGCCACAGAAACAGUAGCUGCAGCUGGUGCAGCAUUGGCAGCCACAGAAACAGUAGCUGCAGCUGGUGCAGCAGCAGCGGCAGCCACAGAAACAGUAGGUGCAGCUGGUGCAGCAUUGGCGGCCAUGAACCCAGCAACAUUGCCCUUUACUGUUGCAGUGGGACUUGGACUUGGUGCAGGGUACUUUAUUGCAAAAAUAGCAAAUAAGUCAUACUCGUGUGAUAUGGAUACCAACACUGAGUGCACAAACAAGGGUUGCCGUCACCCUUUGUCCGAUCAUGUUCGGAUGAAAAAAAUUAUAAUAAAACAAAAUGUGAUGCGGGAGAAAAUCAAUUUCAAUAUGAAGAGUCUUUAUGAUGCAGCUCUUUCAAAAAAAUCAGAAAUCAUGAAAAAAAUCAACAAAACUGAAGAAAAUAUUUUGAGCCAUAGGAGAAUAAUUUCUCAGAACACUGUGGAGGCACUGCACCAUGCAAUGAGAAUACAAGCAUUCACUUCACAACAUUUUGAUUACAUUGAGAAUAUAAAUAUCGAGAUCAUCAAGGCUAUCAGACUAGAUGGGCCCCAUGCUCGAGAGCAUGCCGAUGUUCUGAACAAGGCCAUGAAACAAUUGGCGUCAUUUGGAUCACGGGAAGUUCUUGGUAAGCAUGAACUUGUCGAGAAGAUGUUACUGAGCGUUUACAGAAAGGACGGAUAAACGGGCAAUGGCAUAAGUACCCAACACACCCAUUGCAUAUGUUAAACCAUGCAAAAUAGCACUACGGUUCUGGAAAACCUCAGAUCCAUGAUUAUCGUAAGUGACAACGUUUGCUUAACAAAUUCAAAAUCCCCCAAAUUUAUCUCAAGUAGCCGAUAACUUUUCUUGACUUUAUUAAUAUUGAAAUUCCUUUCAGUAGUACAAACAAAAGCUUAUUUUCUUGGAUUUGAAAGAAGCUGGUUUUGGUGCCAAUGGGAGCAUUCAACAACUUCACACAAGGCUAGCAUUCAGUACGUUCCUUAGCCUGUAGGCGGUAUUGUUAGAGUUGUAUUUCAAAGAGAAUGCUUCAUUCCAAAAAGUAACAAACUUUUAAUACUCUUUUUUUCUGGAGCAAAACACUGCAUGAGUAAACAACAGAAUCAGAAUAUGAAAUGAUGACGUCACGUGCAACCCCUCUAUAAGAGGGGUUGCACGUGACGUCAUCAGCAGCGAUCAGCUGAUCACUUCUCAGCUGCCCCGCAAAGGCCCGCCAUUUUGGGAGGCACAUAUUUACCGCAAGAGAGCUCCUUAGCUUUUCCCCGACAUGUUACUGUGUUGGUGGGUGUGUUAGCGGCCCAUCUAUUACUGUGUGGGUGUGGGUGUUAGUGGUCCAUCUAUUACUGUGUGGGUGUGGGUGUUAGUGGUCCAUUUAUUACUGUGUGGGUGUGGGUGUUAGUGUCCAUCUAUUACUGUGUGGGUGUGGGUGUUAGUGGUCCAUUUAUUACUGUGUGGGUGUGGGUGUUAGUGUAUCGACGACCCAUGGUCACACGCAGUAAGACUCGCGAUGGAAGGCAAUGUACCAACUGGCAGGUUUAUUUCUGAUCUUAUUCCUCAAGAAAUAGAUGAUGUUGGUGAGGCGAUUACUGCCCUAAAAGAAUCUGUUGCAGCAUCUAAUUCUUCUAGAAGAACGACAUAUGUAUCCCUAAAUCCUGAUUUUACUGUCCACAACUUAUAUUUGACACGAAAGUUUUUUAAUGAUUUACAUAGAACAUCGUUUACAAAGUUACGUGUGUGCGGGCAUGAUUUAGCUGUGGAGACUGGUCGGUGGAAUAGGCGGGGCAGGGGGCGCCUUCCCCUGGAAGAGCGGCUUUGCCCGUGUGGGGAGGUGCAGACUGAACUACACGUGGUGGAGUCUUGCGCCCUCACACAGCCAUUGCGAGAACACCACCACUUUGCAACAUGGCAGGAGCUUAUGACAAAAGAUGCACAUGUCGCAGCAAGAAUUGUUCAUUUCUUACUUACUACAUAUCAUUGAUAUUGUCUUCCUGAACACUGGAGUCAUGGUCGUUUGUAUGUUGUCAAUACGCCAUUGAAACUGUCUUUCGUUUAUUGUCUUAGUUCUGUAAGUCUGUCUUUUUAGUCAGGUAAAUCUUAUGUCAUUGUUCUAUCGCAUAGUUCUGUUUGUGUACCAAAUGUCAAGCCUUUAGUCACGCUUUUAUUUGUUCUGCUUUUAACUUUUAUUUGUUCUGUUUGAACGUUCCUUUUCUUUAGGUUUUUCUUUUUCUUUUUUAGAUUUUCUUAUCUUAGAGUGUCUUCUUAACAUGUCCAGGCUAUUAACAUUUUAGUAUAUUUAUUUUAGAGAAUUCGUCAUCUUUUAGGGUUCCUCUGUUUUUACGUUUUUAUCAUAGUGUAUUUUAUAAAUUUAUAGAUAUAAGUAGUUUCAUAUAAUUAUCAAAAUUUGUAAAGUUUUAAUUUUUUAAAACUAUUUUUACGCCAGUAACGACACCAGAGCUGUGUAUAUUUUAGCGAUUAUAUAAAGAUUUUGCGGAAGUGCUGAAUGUGGACUACAAAUUAGAAAUGUGGUUAUAUUAACGAGACUAACAUUCUUAAAUAACUUCCGAUUUAUGUAUGAUGUUUUGGUUUUAUGUACAUUUGUGGUCAAUAAAUAUCUAUCUAUUACUGUGUGGGUGUGGGUGUUAGUGGUCCAUCUAUUACUGUGUGGGUGUGGGUGUUAGUGGUCCAUCUAUUACUGUGUGGGUGUGGGUGUUAGUGGCCCAUCUAUUACUGUGUGGGUGUGGGUGUUAGUGGUCCAUCUAUUACAGUGUGGGUGUGGGUGUUAGUGGUCCAUCUAUUACUGUGUGGGUGUGGGUGUUAGUGGCCCAUCUAUUACUGUGUGGGUGUGGGUGUUAGUGGCCCAUCUAUUACUGUGUGGGUGGGUGUGUUAGUGUCCAUCUAUUACUGUGUGGGUGUGGGUGUUAGUGUCCAUCUAUUACUGUGUGGGUGUGGGUGUUAGUGUCCAUCUAUUACUGUGUGGGUGUGGGUGUUAGUGUCCAUCUAUUACUGUGUGGGUGGGUGUGUUAGUGUCCAUCUAUUACUGUGUGGGUGGGUGUGUUAGUGUCCAUCUAUUACUGUGUGGGUGUGGGUGUUAGUGUCCAUCUAUUACUGUGUGGGUGGGUGUGUUAGUGUCCAUCUAUUACUGUGUGGGUGGGUGUGUUAGUGGCCCAUCUAUUACUGUGUGGGUGGGUGUGUUAGUGUCCAUCUAUUACUGUGUGGGUGGGUGUGUUAGUGUCCAUCUAUUACUGUGUGGGUGUGGGUGUUAGUGUCCAUUUAUUACUGUGUGGGUGGGUGUGUUAGUGUCCAUCUAUUACUGUGUGGGUGGGUGUGUUAGUGUCCAUCUAUUACUGUGUGGGUGUGGGUGUUAGUGGCCCAUCUAUUACUGUGUGGGUGUGGGUGUUAGUGGCCCAUCUAUUACUGUGUGGGUGUGGGUGUUAGUGUCCAUCUAUUACUGUGUGGGUGGGUGUUAGUGUCCCAUCUAUUCUUGUUACUGAUAGGCGCUACACUGCCACUCGCGGUAGGUAGACAGGGGUUACCAAGUAUAGGCCAGUGGGCUUUUUGCGAACCCCUUACGUUCUUAUGUUCUUACUAAACACUGCCCGGGGUUAUAUUAGUCAUAUAUUCGUUGUUCUUAUCAUCAAAUAUAUCUUGAAGUUUGAUAAUAAAUGUAUAUGCUGUA